AUGGGUAAUGAGAUGGGCAACAACAACGUUAUCGGUCAACAAGAGGAGAGUGCUAAGGAUUUCGACAAAACCAUGGCCAACGCAGAUUAUUCACAUGAGCUCAACAACAUAAAUAGUGAGAAAGAUACGGAGAAGGAUGGCACUAAGGAUGUAGAUAUGCUGGAGGUAUUAAAGGCCCCCUUCAUCUCUAGUAGUGGAGAUAAGAAAAUGGCUUCAGAUCAAACAAAAUUGUCCGCUGCAAAUGAAAGCUUAGAUGAGAAGAAUAGGGUCUCACCUCUGGAUCACACAUCAACAGAAGAUGAUGAUGGGAAUAAAAACUUACCUACAGAACAAGAUAAGGAGAAGGAUGGCACUAAGCAUGUAGAUAUGUCAGAGGUGUUAAAGGCCCCUGUCAUUUUUAAUGGUGGAGAUGAUCAAAUGGCUUCAGAUCAAAGAAAAAUCUCUGCUGCAAAUGAAGACAUCGAUGAGAAGAACAGGGGCUCACUUGAGGAUCAUACAUCAACACAGGAUGAUGAUGGAAACAGUAACUUACCUACAGAACAAGGUGAUGAAACACAGGAGGACAAUGGAACUGAAACAGCCACAAAUUCUGCAGAAACAGUUGCCCAUGUCGGCACCACAACUGAAGAUAUAACAAGCAACAAGGAUACUUCAUCAUCUGAUGAGCAAUUCAGACAACUUGAGCACGAAACUACAGAGAAAAAUGAAGAAAAUACCACUGCAAAUCCCGCCAUGUUGUUAGAGGAAAACAUUGAAGGUCUGCCAGAACACAAGGAGGAAUCUUGUACUCAAGAAGUUGCAGGGGCGAGUGAUAAUGUAGUUGGAGGAGAUACAGUUGAAAACCUAGAAGGACAAAACGGAGUGUCAACAGUGGUGGGUGAUAAUCUAGUUGGAGAGACUACAUCAUCAACUGAAUCAAUUAUCAGUGGUUAUCUUGAUGACGAGAGUAAGGAGGUUGUCGUCGACGAUGAGCCUAGAGAAAGAGAAAAUUCGUCAUAUGUAGGACCAGAAGGCGACACCAACCAAGAAACAUUCCAGAAUGAAGAGAAGCAAGAAAUCUGUGAGAUAGGCAAAAUCAAUACCUGUAAAACUAUAACAGAAGAUACUGUGGUUGAAAGUGCUGAAGUGCUAGAAGAAGACAAGAAGAUCCAAGGAUUGGAAAAUCAGGAGGAAGAAUUCCCCAAAUGUAGUAAAUAUGGUGCUCUUCAUAAUGUUGAAGCCGUUUCCCAAUUUCAGUCAGCUUUAGCACACCCCAGUGCAGCAAGUGGCAAAGAAUUUCAGAAACAUGAACUGAGUAUAGCAGAACGGAUGUCGGAUUCUGUAAGUGUAGCAAUGGAGCACAAUGUAAUUAAAACAGCAGAGAAAGAGCAAGGGGGAAUUGUUGAAAAGGAUGUUGCAGACAAGAAAGAAGAAGAUAAUUUUGAAGGGGAUCAGAAAUCUGAUGGUAUGUCAGAGGUGUUAAAGGACCCUGUCAUUUCUAACGGUGGAAAUGAUCAAAUGGCUUCAGAUCAAACAAAAACCUCUGUUGCAAAUGAAGACUUAGAUGAGAAGAACAGGGACUCACUUCAGGAUCAUACAUCAACACAAGAUGAUGAUGGAAAUAGUAACCUACCUACAGAACAAGGAGAUGAAUCACAAGAGGACAGUGGAACUGAAACAACCACAGAUGGUACAGAAAAAGUUGCCCCUGUCGGCACCACAACUGAAGACAUGACAAGUAGCAAUGAUACAUCACCAUCUGAUGAGCAAUUCAAACAAGUUGUACACAAAACGACGGAGACAAGUGAAGAAAGUACCAUACCAAAUCCCCUCACAUUGUUAGAGGGAAUUAUUGAAAGUGCGCCACAAGAUGGGGAGGAAUAUUGCAGUCAAGAAGCUGCAGUGGUGGAUGAUAAUCUAGUUGGAGAAGAUACAGUUGAAAGCCUAGAAGAAAGACAAGCUGGAGCGUCGGCAGUAGAGGAUCUAUGGACACCAUCGUCGGUACAAGGAGAGGCUACAUCAUCAACUGAAUCAAUUAUCACUGCUUAUCAUGAUGAUGACACCAACCAAGAAACAUCCAAGAAUGAAGAGAAGCAGGAAAUCUGUGAAAUGGCCAAAAGCAAUAGCUGCAAAACCAUAACAGUAGAUGCUGUGAUUGAAAAUGAUGAAGUGCUAGAAGAAGACAAGAUCCAAGGAUUAGAAAAUCAGCAGGAAGAAUUUCCCAAAUGUAGUGCAUAUGGUGCUCUCCACAUUGUUGAAGCUGUUUCCCAAUUUCAGUCAGCUUUAGCAGAUCCCAGUGCAACAAAUGGCAAAGAAUUUCAGAAACAUGAACUGAGUAUAGCAGAACAGAUGUCAGAUUCUGUAAAUGCAGCAAUGGAGCACAAUGUAAUUGAAACAGCAGAGAAAGAGCAAGGGGGAAUUGUUGACAAAGAUGUCGCAGACAAUAAUGAACCAGAUAAUUUUGAAGGGGAUAAGAAAUCUGAUGGUAUCCAAGACUCUGUCGGCCUUGUUAUGGUCCAUGGAGAAGAUUUUACAGGUUUAGACCCGCUAUUAUCUGGCCCUCUUCCUAUUUUGAAUAAAGAAAAGGUACAUGAAGAAGUCAUCAUAGAAGAAUUACCUGCACCAAUAACUGCAACAUCAUUUGCUCUUCAACCAGUAGAAGAUUUUGUCAAGAAAGAUAUUAAACCUGAUAGCUCAGACAGUAAUGAAGGAACCACCACCUCCACAUAUGAAGCAAAGACUAUAGAUACACAAGAAACCAUGAACAGCUCACAGUGUGAUCAGCCUCAACAGUUACUGCUUGAAGAACCUGAAGUUGUCAAGUUUGAAAACAGUGAGACUCUGAGCACCUGCAUGAAGCUGGUGGAAUGCAGUUCAGCGACAGAAUUGAUCUUCCCUAAUGUAUUCAACAAGGAGAGACAAGGCACAUCUGAUAAAGCCACAUGUUUUACUUCUGAAUCCAAUCAGGAGAAAGUCACAGGGACUGUAGGCUUUGCUGCUGAAUCGGAACAGAAGAAAGUUAUUGCAAAUGCUGAUGAUUCUAGUGAGGAAAAGUGUCUGCUUCAGAAACCAACUCUAGGGGCAGAUGUGGGUGAAGAGACUCCAUUACUUCUGAGUACAGAAAGCAUCAACUCUUCAAGUUAUUCUAGUGAACAGCACAGCAAAGUAGUCAAGGACAUCCCCAUGACCAACAUCACCCUGAUGCAAGCCAAAGAUGAAGCUGUGGAAGAAUCUGAGAAAAGUCCACUGUUGAGCCCUAGGGAGCCAUCAGAAGGAGCCUUCAGAGCGCCAAAUCACUCUGCAAGAAACAAUAAACCACUUCGUAGCUUAAUGACGGAGGACGGCAUUGGAACGUGGUCGCCAUUGAAGGAACAAGAACCGGUUCGAAAGAACAGCACCACGGUUAGUUCUCCUAGAAGCAAAGAAAAGCAGAAGCCAAAGUCAUCCCUUUUUGCCAUUUGCAUGUGCUGCACCACAGCUACGAACUGA